GACCAGAAAGCUGAUAUUCAGACUAAAGCACUUGAUAGGAUCAAGUUCAAAGAGAUGAGGGAUCUCAUUGGAGUUCAAGAUGUGAAGGAUGGUGAGUUCAAGCUUAAGGGGGAGAAUGUUGACUUAGCUUGAACAUAGCUUGGUUUAUAAGCUAUCCUAAUGAGUUUAGGAAUAUUGAUAGUUAUCCAUAAGAUAAGUUUCCUAAUGAAAUUAGGAGUUUAUAUGAGUUAUAUAAGGAGAUGUCAAUCUUGUGGCAUAACUUGUGAAUUUAGAGAAAAAGUUUUGAGUUGAGUUUAAGCUAUAAUAAAAUGAGUCUUUAUAUUUGGAUCUUGAGAGUAUACGAUUUCAAUAGCCGUCUAGAGUGGGGAAGAAAGUGACUGGUUCAGUGUCUGAUGAAAGCAGCCAGAUUUAGGAGUUAUGGAGAGUUUGGUGAUGACGGCUUUGUUUUUUUUUUUGUCUUCGUUUGCCUCUUUCUUAUUUAAAUCUUGCACUUGUAAACUGUUAAGAAGCAGUUACUUUUAAUUACUUUCUUUAACGUUUAAUCCCAAAAUAAAGAUGGACUUUAAUCGGUCAAUGCUAUUUUUAAUUAGAAUUUACCAUAUUAUUGAAUAAAGAAUAAAAGGAUAAAAUUAAGAAUUUAAUAUCGAGAAUUCUAUGAUUAUUAUAUUAUCAAAUUAAGUUUUAUUUGUCUAACUGUCAGAAUAAGAUAUAAUCAUGAUAUAUCUUCAUCUUAUCUACAUAAAUCCCAAAAGUCUAUUAUAUUGUUUUGAAAUUCAGACUUUUGGUUAACUUAACAAGGUUAUAUAUUUUAGCAACAAAAAAACUUUUAAAACUUAUUCAAUUUAGUUUUUCAAUAUUUAUAUAUUUUAUAGUAUGGUAUACAUGUAAUUGAACAAUAUGUUGCUAUCUCUUCAUACAUGCUUAUCCACAUCAUUAUUUUUGCCUAUAUCUUCUUCUUAUAAAGAGAUUUGUGUUACAAAAACUUAUCACAUUCUCUAAUCUCUUCUACGACUCUCCACUAAUUUUUCUAGCCAUGUCUCUACCAAACGAUAUAGAGACAAAGAUAUAUGUUGCGGGUUUGCCUUGGAUCACAAAAACUGAAAGCCUUCGGAAUUACUUUGAACAAUUUGGAGAAAUUGUUUAUGCAAAUGUUGUUUGUGAUAGAGCAACCAAACGAUCAAAGGGUUUCGGAUUUAUCACGUUUAAAGAAGCUGAAUCUGCAAAUAGAGCUUGCGAGGAUCCGAAUCCGACUAUAGACGGACGAAAGACCAAUUGCAAACUUGCUUAUCUUGGUGCUAGGGUUCACAAUAAUCAAUCAAACAAAAACGGUUUAGUCUCAAUUUUCCCCAAUUUGAUUAAUUGUUUGCAGCGAUACUUUCACGUUAUAAUAGUUGUUCUCGUAACCGCAGGUCUAGCUAUUUGUGUAUUACCCUACUGGAACCAGUAUUAUUGGCAGUAUUAUCAGCAGUAUUACCAACAUUACCCUUGGUUUAGCACCUAUCCGUAUUAAACGCAAUCUCAAUCAUGAGAUAUAUAGAGCUUCUUGUUCUGUUACAUUAUCAUAGUCAAUUUGGUUUAAUUUUUCUGACUUUAUAUUGGUAAAAUUUAUUUAUUAUGCAUCUACAGAAUUGU